AUGGUAGAUUUCAUCUUCGAAAUCCUUACAUCACAGCAGCUGGCGGAGUUGCUGAGAGCUCUACUUGAGCAUGCCGCGGCCAAGGGCAACAAAGACCUCGCACAGCGGCUGGUUAGGGCGGGAGCGGAGAUCGGUGAUGCACUGCAUAGGGCCGUUGAUGGCGGGCAUAGAGAGAUCGUGAGCGAUCUACUGGAGAGUGAAGCAUCACUUGCUGCAACGGACAUGGAUGGCCGCACUCCUCUUCACAUUGCUGCCGAAGUGGGGGACGCAGAUAUGGUGCAGCUUUUGUUGCUCAAGGGGGCUACCACAGACGUGAUUGACAACCAGGAGAUGACGCCGCUGAUUGUGGCAGCCUGCUGUAAUCAGGUGGCUGCCGCACUUGCUCUCUUGGCUGCCGGCGCGGACAUCACCCUUCGAUCCACUCAAUUCAAGUGCCCAGCUACUCACGCGGCGGCUCUAGAGGGGCAUGUUGAGAUUUUGAGGGCUAUCAUCGAGCACGGGGCGGACGUGGACGCUGUCGACGCACAGCAACGCACAGCUCUUCAUGCAGCCUCUUGUUUCAACAAGACAGAGGCCGUCGAUGUGCUCGUCGAGGCUGGGGCACACAUCGAAGCACGGGAUAAAGAUGGCUGUCCCCCUCUUCAUUAUGCUUUCGGCAACCUCAGCCACGAAGCCUUGCUUUGCCUUUUGAAGCAUGGUGCAAACGUCAACGCCCAGAGCAAUUCCCUUCUAACACCAUUGAUGAAAGCAGGACGUCAAGCCGGUAGACAAGGAGCUGCAGAGGUGGUGAACUCUCUGCUGAGGGCAGGUGCGGACGAGACAAUCGCCAACGUUCAGGGCAACAAAGCGGUAGAUAUGAUCGGGGAAGAUGUCGAAGAAGAGGACCGACUGACCGAGGAUGUCGAGCGCGUGAGGGAGCUGUUGGCCAACGCUCCGGCUGAUAGGGCAUGGCGUCGCCGAGGCUACCUGAUCAUGUGCCGUGCUCAACCGGAUAGGGUACCGGAGAGGAGGAUGACGAGCGGCACCCACUAUACCAACGUAGCACGGAGGACUCGCAGCCGUGCUAAGAUGGCAAGAGCAAGGGGGAUCGCGGGGGAGAGCACGGUGGAUGAGAGUACCGGUGGCAACUGGGCCGUUGUGGUGUCGAAGGUGAUUUCGUUGCAGGAGGAGGGUAUAUUCCGCACGAUCGUGGAGUACCUGUGA